GGCUGCAUUGCGCAAUAAUCGAUUGUUUAAAAAACAAAUAAGCCAUAAAGGCAAAGCUCCAUUCGAAACUGUUGUUGACUAAAGGACUCCGAGUAUGUGGCUGCUGGCUCCGCAAUAUGGCAACGACAAGUCCCUGUGUGCUGGACAUUAAACUGUGGUCAAGUGUUUGUGGAUUACACAUACUAUAAGUAGGAAGCAGUCGAUGGAAAAACUAACAAAAACAUACCCACACAUACUACAUAUAUAAAAAUAUACUAUAUCGAGUAUAUAUGUAUAGUAAUAUAGCAUAUCCAGACAAUGUUGCUGGCGGCCACAAAAAUUGGGCACAAACAAAUUUUGAAUUGCGUGCUAAGCAAAAAUUCUCAUUGCACAAAGCCACAUAUGUACAUAUGUAAAUCAUAAAUUGCAACAUUCAAAAGUGGUUCAGCGUUAAUCGCUUCAAGAAAAUAUGUCGAUGGUUUAUUUGAGUCGUUUAAAACUUUAUUGCUACGCACAACUGUGGCUGGUCCUGCUUUUCGAAACCGGUGUGGUCAACGGCGAAGUGCCUCCCCAUUACUGGGAAACCCCCUACUCCCAGCCCUAUUUCGACAACUCGUCGCGCCGUGAAGUGACGGCGACAGUUGGCCAGGCAGCCCUACUACAUUGUCGCGUGCGAAACCUCGGAGAUCGAGCGGUAUCCUGGAUACGCAAACGGGACCUGCAUAUACUAACCGUUGGCAUACUGACUUAUACGAAUGAUCAGCGCUUUCAGUCGCUACAUUCGGAGGGCUCCGAUGAAUGGACUCUGCGCAUCUCAUCGCCACAGCCGCGAGAUUCGGGCACCUAUGAAUGCCAAGUAUCCACCGAACCCAAAAUAAGCCAGGGCUUUAGACUGAAUGUUGUGGUCUCGCGUGCCAAAAUCCUUGGCAAUGCUGAGCUGUUCAUCAAGAGCGGCAGCGACAUCAAUCUCACCUGCCUGGCAAUGCAGUCUCCGGUGCCGCCCUCGUUCAUCUACUGGUAUAAAGGCAAGCGGGUCAUGAAUUAUUCUCAGCGUGGAGGCAUUAACGUCAUCACGGAGCGUUCCACGCGCACCAGCAAGCUGCUGAUAGCGAAGGCCACGCCAGCCGAUUCGGGCAACUAUACGUGCUCGCCAAGCAGCUCAGAUUCCGCCUCCGUGGUGGUGCACGUCAUAAACGGCGAACAUCCGGCGGCCAUGCAACAUGGCAACAGCAGCGCCAGCUCUUUGCGUUGGAAUUCAGUGCCUUUCCUAGCCAUGUUUAUGGCCAGCGCUGCGGCCACCUCCUCGGUCCGCUGCCUGCCAGCGGGCGUCCUCCACUGGCUCCUCCUGCUUUGGCUCGCGGCCGCGGCUGUCACAUUGAACUGGAGCAGCCCCAUUCUGGAUGCCUGGCAGCUGCCACCAUUCCCAUCAGUGCGGCGCUGGAGCCUGGACGGAUGUGGACGUGCAUGUCGCUGGGGACGGAACACGGGGAGGGGGAGGGGCAUUUCGUGCAGCUGA